AUGCCGGUAAACGAUUCACACUCGAGGCUCACCGACUGGGCGCGCUCCCUGCAUGCCGCCUCCGGGCCUGCCGAGCGCUGGGCGGAGCUGGCAGCUGCAGUCCCUUGUCUGGACCCCUCGCACGUCCUGGCCGCGGUUACAGCGGGGGCAGAGCGUGCCGUGGUCCUCCGUCUUUCGCCCGGUGCCGGCGCUGACCACCCCGACCUCGCGCGCUUCCUGGACGCCUUCCCCCCCUCACGCGCGUCCUGCGCCGACGUGGCUUGGAUCGGGCUGGAGGCAGCGGCGGACGCCCCGGCCCCGGCCACUCCGAGGCCCGGGCCCGGUGCCGGGCCGCAGCGGCCAGAGCGCCAAGUGGAGGCGGCCGUGUCUGCGUGGGAGUCCCUGGCCGCUCGGCGGCCGCCCACCCACGCGGACGCGGCCGUGCUGGCGGUGCGCUUCGACCUGCGCCGCGGCAAGUGGAUGCUCUUCCCCAGCGCGGGGCGGGAGGCCGACGCCGCGUGGCGGGCGGUGGCGGCCGCGGCGGCCACCGGCCGGCUAGGCGACGAGGUGAAGAUCAGCGGGGUGGCCCCCGCCCGCGCCGACCACGUGCUCUGCGUGUACACCCGCGACUACCUGGACGAGGGCGACGUGGGGCGUGUGCGCGAUGCGCUGUGCGCGCUGGGCCUGCGCCUGCGCCGCCGGCGCGUGCUGUACAAGCCGGACAUCCACACCCACCUCCAGCUGUACAGCCGGGGGCAGGGCAGCCUGAGGCCCAGUGUGUAUGAGGCCGAGCUGCCAGCCGCCCGUACUGCAGCGUGGAGAAGGGAGGGGAGGGCCGCCCAGGCUGAUGUCCCUCGAUGA